AUGGAGAAGCGGACCGAGAGUUAUGCGAGCCUGGGGCUGCAAAUCUUGCCCUACGUCUCCCACCAGAACCCACUUCUUUCUUUUGCCUCACGUCUCAUGAACAAGCUGCUUGCUGAGAGAGACUUCUCUGGACAAGAGGUGUGCCAUGUCUUGCUCAACUGCGAGCUACAGGAAGGCACACGUGUUGUUAGAGCCGUUGAUUGCCGUCCCUACGAGCAACAGGGGCGGCCUCUUCGCCUGCAGGGUGAUCAUGAUGGCGACGCUGAGGUCGUCGGGAUAUACGAGAAGUAUCUCUCUCGCCCUGCCGUUCAUGAAGAACUCACUUACCUUGACUUCCUAGCCAACUGGAAUACUAGCAAGAGGGAUGGGAGAAAGUGGACCCGUUGGAGUCGUCAAGCUAAGCCUCGUGUAUUGUACUACUUCCCGCGGUACAAGGCCAACCGUCAGCAUCACCAAUACGAGGAUUUUUGUCGCGUGAAGCUCAUGCUGGCUCACCCGCAUCGCGAUCCCAACGCCCUACGCAAGAUGGACGAUGUCGAGUAUGAGUCACAUGCAUCUGCCGCCGAAUUCUGUUACGCGAACCACCAGCACCCUGAUGAUUACUAUGGCACGCCUAAUGCCGAGGAUCGUCGACCGGAUCCGGAUGAGUUCGAAGACGAAUUUCACGAGCCUGACCUUCUCGAGAAGGACUGGCUUGAGCUUGCCCGCCAGCUUCCCGACUGCCCACCGAGCCAAGAGAUGGUAGAUCUGCUGGGUAGACGGGAUAUCGAUAUUCAAUAUGAUUGGACACCCCACGUCGGCCGCUACGCUGACCCAGGAAUCGUUCAUGGCGAUUAUUGGCGUCAGCGCAUAGCGCAGAAUCCUCUCCAAAUGGAUGUUGAAGACCUGCCAUUCGAGGUCCGCGAUACGCUCAACGCAGAGCAGCGGAUAGUAUACGAUACAUUCAUUGGACACUUCCAAUGCGACAGCGAGGAGCAGAUUCUACUCCAUGUUGAUGGUGGUGGCGGGACGGGCAAGUCCUAUCUGAUCAAAGUCCUGUCCUCGCAUCUUCAGAAGCUUGCCGGUAACCGGCCCAGUCCAAUCUGGAGAACUGCACCCACGGGCGUUGCAAGCAACCAGAUAAUGGGAACAACAUUACACUCUCUACUCCGGCUGCCUGUCGAUAGGGCUUUUACAGAACUCUCUCCAGCAGAUGCUAAUGCUCUUCAGAAGAAGCUACGGGACGUUAGGUAUCUUGUGAUUGACGAGAAAAGCAUGUUGGGUCUGCGUCAACUUUCGUGGAUAGACAAACGCCUCCGCCAAGUCUUUCCUGCCAAAGCCGCCGAAUUCUUUGGCGGCAUGAGCAUCAUCCUGGUCGGUGACUUCUUUCAGCUCCCGCCGAUUGCGAACAAGCCCCUCUACUUUGAUGGACCACUCAAAGACCUACACGAGGUCUCUGGCCGAACCGCAUAUGGGGCGUUUAUCCACACCGUCUUCUUGAAAAAAGCCCAGCGGCAACAGGGCGAUGACCAGGCUACCUUUCGGCUUGCGCUUGACGAACUACGUGGUCUAAAGCUAUCCAUCGAGUCAUGGAAACUUCUGAGCCAGCGCGUGCAGGCCAAGCUAGGCCGGCGCGAGGUAGACUCGUUUGAUGCUGCUCUUCGUAUCUAUAGCAAGAAAGCACGUGUGAACGAGUACAACUACGAGCAUCUCGUCCGCCUCAAGCGUCCAGCAAUCCAAGUCAUGGCGAAGAACAUUGGUAACGGUGCUGACAGGGCAACGUCGGAACAAGCUGGCAACCUGACUGGCCAGUUUCCGGCCUAG